GGGGUGACAAUGUACGACCAGAAAUAUCUUGCUCCUAGUACUGUCCACUAUAUAAUGUCCUCACAGUUCCUACUACAAUUCUGGCGUAGCCUAUUCCCCAAACCUUCAUUCAAGCUGAAAAACGCUGUAUUCUCUCAUGCCGUUGAACAUACCAUCUCAGACGCAUGUCACCACCACCAUCUCCGUAUCUAAUCUUCACUGCAGCAGCUGUGUAACCACAAUCAACGAAGUCCUCUUCUCUCUGUCUCCCCCUCCAACCAGUGUAGAUGCAUCCAUCGUCCACCAGACAGUGACAGUCGGUCAUGCUUUUCCGAUACAAAGACACACCAUACAGUCCAUGCUUGAAGAUGCUGGCUUUGAUGUAUCUGACCCGGAUUCCACCUCCUCCGACCACAGACUUUCACAAGCAACGUGCGGGAUGAGUACCAUGCUCUCUGGAAAACGUAGAAAGCAUAUCCAACAUUGUUCAUUGUGUCAGGAGGCGGCCGCCACCUCACUCGAUGACACCGUUUUACCACACCUGCCGAAGGCCGGUAGCCUAUCUUACGAUUCUCCAACGGAUUGCUCCACGCUAGAUGGAUCAGGGAAGGACCCAGAAUCGAGCCUAAGCCCGUCGCACAAAGUUCAAGUUGGCGCCGAUCGUGAUGUGCCGCAUCUCGUCACCCUGUCCGUAGGUGGUAUGACAUGCUCCUCGUGCUCGGGCACUAUCACCGAAAUGGUCUCGCUACUCCCUGGCAUCUCCGAGGUAGUCGUUAGCCUCCUGAACAACUCCGCCACAGUCAUUGUUGCUCGAAAAGAUCUAGUUGGCUCCGUGACCGAAACGAUCGACGCCUGUGGCUUCGAAGUUGACGUCAUCAAAAUCGAGCCACUGAUCCCAUUGACACCAGCAAGUGACGCGAUAACAACGGGCCCUCGGAAAUUAUCCCUUCGUGUCGACGGAAUGUAUUGCCAACACUGUCCGGCAAAAAUCAUGACCGCAUUAAAAAAGCUCCAGCCAAACGUCACCAUUAUCAAACCAUUAUCAAACAUUUUGGAUCCCGUAAUAGAAGUCUCAUACAUACCAUCGCCUCCAGACUUCACUAUCCGUUCUAUCAUCUCUGCUAUUGUGUCCGUGGAAUCGACGUCAUACAGUGUAUUGAUUAAUCGUCCACCUACCCUCGAAGAGCGCACGCAUCGCAUGCAGCAGCGCGAGAAACGAACCUUGCUGCUGCACCUGAUUUUCACGUUCAUCAUUACGAUACCCACGUUCAUUAUAGGCGUGGUUUACAUGAGCCUUCUUCCCGCCGGCGAUCGAACGAGGCUAUACCUAAUGGAGCCCAUGUGGAAUGGAAACGCGUCCCGAAUUGAGUGGGCACUCUUCUUCCUGGCGACCCCAGUAUACUUUUAUGGCGCUGGCUUAUUUCAUCGUCGAAGCAUCAAAGAAAUUAAAUCUUUAUGGAGGAAGGGGAGCCCGACUCCGGUCAUCAAGCGCUUUACUAGAUUCGGGAGUAUGAACCUUCUGGUCUCUUCCGGAGUAACUGUAGCCUAUUUUUCGUCUAUCGUGGUUCUAGCUCUUGCAGCGACACAGCCGCCUUCGAGCGAUGGUGCAGCGCAAGAAACAACAUAUUUCGACUAUGUCGUGUUCCUAACCAUGUUUUUACUAGCUGGCCGGUACCUCGAGGCAUACAGUAAAGCGAGAACUGCCGACGCAAUCACUGCGCUCGGCUCGCUUCGCCCUGCCGAAGCUCUUAUCUUGGCUCCUCGCUCAGCUUCCGAUUUCACGGCUCCCGCUAUUGUUUCCCGCGAAGAUCCCGAAAAAUGUGACAUGUCAUGUGAUAACGGUAGCCUGGUUGCUUCCCCCGGGUUCAAGUUUGAGAAGGUCCCCGUUGACCUUUUGGAGGUUGGCGAUGUGGUGCGUGUGCAAAACGGGGCUACACCACCAUCAGACGGUACAAUUGUGUCCGGUGCGGAGACGUCCUUCGACGAAAGCUCUUUGACGGGCGAGGCUCGACUUAUCAAGAAGAAUGUCGGGGACAAGGUUCUUCUUGGGACAAUCAACAAAUCCAGGGCUGUAGACGUUCGAGUUGACGCUGUUGGCGGUGUCUCAUUGCUGGAUCAGAUCGUGCAGAUCGUACGCGAGGGCCAAACUCGCAGGGCUCCGAUUGAGCGUGUCGCAGACCAUAUUACGGGCGUAUUUGUCCCGAUCAUCACUUUGCUAGCAAUUGUUACGUGGUUGAUAUGGCUCGCCUUGGGUGUUAGCGGUGCCAUCCCUAGCAGUUAUCUAGAUAUAAGCGUAGGCGGAUGGGUCGUCUGGUCUCUCGAGUUUGCAAUCGCAGUAUUCGUCGUGGCAUGUCCUUGCGGCAUUGGUCUCGCGGCACCUACCGCUCUUCUUGUGGGAUCUGGCCUCGCAGCCAAACAUGGCAUAUUGGCCCGCGGAGGCGGCGAGGCUUUCCAAGAAAUGGCGCAACUUGACAUCGUCGUGUUCGAUAAAACCGGAACACUUACUGAAGGUGGUGAGCCUCGAGUGUCUGAUGCCGAGAUCCUGCUUUCUUCGGUGCCUGAGGAGAUGCUUCUUGGAAUCGCCGCGGAGUUGGAAUCUGCUUCCUCUCACCCGCUCGCAAAUGCGAUUCGGCAGUAUGCAGGGAAGCAUGGUGCUGCGUCUGUUACUGGCAGCGCAUUCGAUGAGAUUGCUGGUAAAGGUGUCAAAGCAGAUUUUGACGACAUGCGUCGCAAGGCGAUCAUAGGAAAUGAAGCCCUGAUGCGAGAUCAUGAGGUACUACUUUCUCCAGACGUUCUCCAAAUGCUUGAGAGGUGGAAAUCAGAGGCGAAGAGUAUUGUCCUUCUCGCAGUUACGGACGCGGACUUGGAUAGUCGAUUCGUCAUUGCAGCGAUAUUCGCUGUGUCGGAUCCCAUCAGGCAAGAAGCUGCUGGUGUCGUACGCCAUUUAAAGGAGCAGGGCAUUGGGACAUGGAUGAUAUCAGGGGACAAUGAGACGACGGCUAAAGCUGUCGCUAAAUCUGUGGGCAUUCCAGAAAUGAAUGUCAUCGCUGGAGUUUUGCCUCAACAAAAGGCAGAAAAGAUCGAGUGGCUGCAACAUAAUGGUGCCAAACGUCCUUCUUCACGAUGGCAGCGUAUGUUGGGAAGGUCAACGUCAAACCAGCGUUGCGUCGUUGCAAUGGUUGGGGAUGGUAUCAAUGACGCUCCCGCACUGGCUGUCAGCGACAUAGGAAUAGCUAUCGGAUGUGGAAGCGACAUCGCGUUAUCUAGCGCUUCAUUCAUUCUCCUAUCCUCUAACCUCAAAACUUUGCUCACACUGAGCGACCUGUCGAGAAAAGUGUUUAACCGCGUCAAGAUUAACUUUAUGUGGGCAUUUAUGUACAAUUUGAUUGCAGUCCCCAUCGCUGCUGGCGUCGUAUACCCUGCCGGACACGCGCGUCUAGCUCCCGUCUGGGCAUCAUUGGCCAUGGCAUUAUCCUCUGUAUCCGUGAUUUGCUCCUCCCUCGCACUCAAGCUCUACAGAGAACCAAAGAUAAAGCUUUAACGAGUCUAAUAUAUCCAACCUUUCCCGGGGAAUGCUGUACAUCAACCCUAUCUACCUGGAUCUGUAUUUUUAUUUCUUUCCCUCAUUAAUGUAUCCCUAGCGGAUUUUCUAGUUUGCUCUAUGCCAGUAAUCA